AUGUCCGACCGGUACAUUCCCGAGCACCGUCGCACUCAGUUCAAGGCCAAGAAUGCCUUCAAGCCUGAGGAGCUCCGCCGCCGCCGCGAGGAGCAGCAGGUAGAGAUCCGCAAGGCCAAGCGUGAGGAGAACCUCGCAAAGAGAAGAGGUAUCGGCACAGGUGCGGACCGUCCCGGUGCCGCCCUUGGUGCCGCUCCCGACAGCGACGAUGACACCGCUCCCACCGAGAGCCAGUUGAACGAGGACCUCCCCCAGAUGGUGCAGGGUGUCUUCUCCGAGCAGAUCGACCAGCAAAUCCAGGCGACUACAAAGUUCCGGAAACUUCUGUCCAAGGAGCGCAACCCCCCGAUCGAAGAAGUCAUCAAGACUGGCGUUGUCUCACGCUUCGUCGAGUUUCUGCGGUCGCCCCACACUCUCGUCCAGUUCGAGGCUGCCUGGGCCCUGACCAACAUUGCGUCUGGCAGCGCGACACAGACCCAGGUCGUCAUCGAGGCUGGUGCCGUGCCGAUCUUCGUUGAGCUUCUUGCCAGCCCCGAGCCUGAUGUCCGGGAACAGGCUGUGUGGGCUCUUGGUAACAUUGCUGGUGACAGCCCCACAUGCAGAGACUACGUCCUCAGCUGUGGUGCUCUCAAGCCUCUGCUCAACCUCUUGGGCGAUAGCCGUAAGCUGAGCAUGCUCCGUAACGCCACCUGGACCCUCAGCAACUUCUGCCGUGGCAAGACUCCCCAGCCAGACUGGGCUACCAUUGCCCCCGCUCUUCCUGUCCUCGCCAAGCUGGUCUACUCGCUCGAUGAUGAAGUAUUGAUCGAUGCCUGCUGGGCCAUUUCCUACUUGUCGGAUGGCUCCAACGACAAGAUCCAGGCCGUCAUCGAGGCCGGCAUCCCUCGUCGCUUGGUCGAACUCCUCAUGCACGCUUCGACCUCUGUGCAGACCCCUGCUCUUCGCUCAGUCGGAAACAUUGUGACUGGCGACGACGUCCAGACCCAGAUCAUCAUCAACCAAGGAGCGCUGCCUUGCCUUCUGUCUCUGCUCAGCUCCAAUAAGGAUGGCAUUCGCAAGGAGGCCUGCUGGACCAUCUCGAACAUCACUGCUGGCAACUCGCAACAGAUCCAGGGUGUCAUCGAUGCCAACAUCAUUCCCCCGCUGAUUCACCUCCUCUCCAACGGCGACCUCAAGACGCGCAAGGAGGCCUGCUGGGCUAUUAGCAACGCUACCAGCGGUGGUCUCCAGAAGCCUGAGCAGAUCCGCUACCUCGUUGCUCAGGGCUGCAUCAAGCCUCUGUGCGACCUGCUCAGCUGCCCAGACAACAAGAUCAUCCAGGUUGCUCUGGAUGGCCUUGAGAACAUCUUGAAGGUCGGCGAUCUCGACAAGCAGGCUGCUGGCGAAGGCCCGGAGUCCAUCAACCGAUACGCUCUGUUCAUUGAGGAGUGCGGUGGCAUGGAGAAGAUCCACGAUUGCCAGACCAACCAGAACGAGGAGAUCUACAUGAAGUCUUACAACAUCAUCGAGAAGUACUUCUCUGACGAGGACGAGAAUGCCGACGAGGGCAUGGGUGCUGCGCCUCAGGGUGCCAAUGGCCAGUUCGGCUUCGGCGCCUCCAACGCUGGCGCUCAGGGUGGCUUCAACUUUGCCAAUGGCGCCGACUCGAUGGACAUGUAA